UCACGCUGCCGAAAAGUCCGAGAAAAGUCCGAGCGACGGCACAGCACAAGUCGGCACAAUACAAAAAGACCAUCCACUCCUGGCCGCCUGCUUCCUCAGUAUGAACCAUGACGCCCGCUGGUAGCAAACGAAGUGACCCUACAACUGCGACAAAUCAGGCCGCCUUUGUGUCCAAGCUUUAUUCCAUGCUAGAAGAUACGAAUAUAGAACGCCUCAUCUUCUGGGAUAUUGCAGGGACAAACUUCAUCGUUGGCGACCUCACAGAGUUCUCGAAGACCGUCCUGCCGCAGUACUUCAAACACAGCAAUUUUGCAAGUUUCGUCCGGCAACUCAACAUGUAUGGCUUCCAUAAAAUAAACGACAUGUACCAUGGCCACUCGACGGAAGUCUGGGAGUUUGCCCAUCCAGAGUUCCGUCGAGGUUGUCAGGAAUCAUUGGGGAACAUCAAGCGCCGCUCCUCCAAACUAAAUCAACUGCAGAAAGCUGCGCAGGCAGCCGCGUUCGGGACUGCAUCAUCGUCCUCUUCGUCGGGGUCGAAUGGGCCUAAGGAAGAUCGAGUAGAUGUGUUGACGAAGAAGGUUAUGGAGCUGGAGGGUAAAUUAGCGAAACUCCAUGAAUCAUAUAACCUGCUGUGGUCGGAAUCAGUGGCGGGACGGGAUCUCCAGAGUAAACAUCACCAAGUUAUCACCAACAUUACGUCUUUUCUUGCCAACACGCAUUCUGACGACCCACGUGCGACAAGGAAACGGAGGCUGGAUGCGGAUCUUCUGCAAUCCGAAGUAGCCCGCAUCCACCCCAAAUCGUCCACCACGAACGUCACAUCCACCGGAUUAGAAGUACCUACCUCCCACUCCGACAUUGCAAACGAGUCGGAAGAUGACGGGAGUGGGUUCUCAGAGUCCGACGAUGAUGCUACAGAACACAUCAACAGCGCAUCAACGGCCGACCAUCCACAACAGGAUGGCGCAAAAAGUCUAGGGGCCGACGAUGGGGAAGAGGACGGUGACGCAGAGCCGUCGGAGGAGUCACGGUCUGAAUGGGAGAGUGAGGUCGAGGUGGAAACGGUGGUUUUAAAGACCGAGGCCACUGCGCCGCCGCGGCCAACGAAACCAGCGAAGCGGGCGAGAAGGGAAGAACGCAUCUAAACGAUUCUUCCUCACCCCAUUGCACCAUCGCCUUGGACUGAGGAGCCGAUCUAUUCUGGGCCUUUUUUUGGAAGUCACGUAGUAUUGCAGCGAGCGCCACCACCACUUGCACGAUAUCUCGCAUCGCUAAGCGUACAGAU